GACGUAUUGCGCAAUUCCGACAGAUAACGGCCUGCAGUUUGUACAGACAGUUCAUUGUUGUAACGAUCAUAGUAGUAACAUCGUUUCGAUACACGAAGGUCUGGUCUUGCGCUCUUACGUCUAAUAAUCGCCGUCUCGCGACACAUUCGCGGCGCCAUGGACAACCAAGGCCAGAAUCCCCCUCUCCCCCCAACGAACGGCGCACUACCCGACGGAUCCGCCGCAUCCGGCGCUGACGCUGCUACCGACGACGCGGGGAUUAAGAUGGUUCUUCCGAACAUUAAUUUCACCAUGGGUCAGCCCACCAUCGGCGCUGGUGGCGCACCACCCGGCGGACCUUCCCCCCAUGGCGGACCAUCUUCCGCGCAUCCGUCCGCCUAUCCGCCGCCAUCCAAUGAGGUUUAUCCAUCUGGCGGUGGCGGAGGCUACCCGCCGGACUCUGCGCCGCGCUCCACGGGGCUCGGCGCGCUUGGCAUCGGGGGAGACGGGGGAGACAUGCGGGGGGACAUGCGCGGGGAGCGCGGGGAGCCUCCGCAGAUCAGGCAGAAGCGCUCCGCGGGGGAUAUGUACGGGGAGCCGGGGGACCUCGCGCGCGGGGAGCGCGGGGAGGGUCCAGGCGGGGAGAGGGGCGGGGGGGGCGGUGGUGGGGGCGGGGAGCAGAAGCGCUGGCCGGGGUGGCCGGGGGACAAUGUGUUCCGCUUCGUGGUGCCGAUGGGGAAGGUGGGGAGCAUCAUCGGGCGGCGGGGGGAGUAUGUGAAGAAGAUCUGCGACGAGACCAAGGCGCGAGUUAAGAUUGUCGAGGGCGCUCCGGGGACAGACGACCGCGUGGUGCUCGUCUCAGGCCGGGAGGAUCCCGACACGGAAUUGCCCCCAGCCGUGGUGGCCAUGCUGCGCGUGCACCGUCGGAUCGUGGAGGGCGUAUCUGAGGACGAGAUCGAGGCGUCGCAGCCAGGGGAGGCGUUCCGGGGGCAGGUGGCCACGCGGCUGCUGGUGCCCGCCACACAGGCGGGGAGCCUGAUAGGCCGGCAGGGGCAGACGAUCAAGGCGUUGCAGGACAGCACUGGGGCGCACAUCCGGAUACUGUCCCUUGAGGAGAUUCCCCCGUGCGCGCUGGAGGACGACAGGGUGGUGGAGGUGACAGGGGAGUACGCCAGCGUGCACGAGGCCAUUCGGGGCGUCACUCUGCAUCUCAGGCGCUUCCUCUGCGACCACUCCGUGCUGCCGCUCUUUGAGCAGUGUCGCCAGUUCCCUCCCCCCAUGGACCCCAGGGCUGCGCCCUACAAUUCCCCCUCCGGGCGCGCUGCAGGGGGGUGGGGGAACCCUCCCCCUGGCGGAAUCCACUCCCCCCCCCACCGCUCGCGCUUCGACCUCCCCCCGUCUGCUGCCCCUGACCCCUAUGGCGCCCCUCCUCUGGGGAGCAUGGGCAGUGCGGACAGAUACGGCUCAGCCAUGGGAGGCUUGGGAGCAGGUUCGGGAGGAGGCUUGAGCUACAGCCAGCAGAUAAGUCAGCAGCAGCAGUACCAGCAGCAGCCGCAGCAGCAGCCAUACCACCAGCAGCAGCAACAACAGGCGGCGCAGGGGGUGGGGGGGGGGAUUGGGGGGGGGGCAGCAGGGGGAAUGGAUGCGAGUGGGCAGUUGAGAGCGGCUGUGUCCAAGUAUGGGCGGGAGACGCCUGCUGGUGCUGCUGCUGCCGCUAUGGCCAACACUGUGUCCCCUGUCGUCACUCAGGUGAGCGCCACCAUGCAGAUCCCUCUCUCCUACGUCGACGCCAUCAUCGGCCCCAAUGGUACCAACAUUGUCUUUCUCCGUCGCACCAGCGGAGCCGCCGUGACGAUUCAAGAGAGCAGAGGCACUGGCGGGCAGCCGGAGAUGACAGUGGAGGUGCGGGGGAGCGCCACGCAGGUGCAGACGGCACAGCAACUGAUCGAGGGUUUCAUGAAUUCACACACAGGUUAUGCCGAGCCUGCACCUGCUCCCGCAGUGCCAGCUUCGGCAUAUGGAUCUGCUGCUGCUCCAGCUUCGGCAUACGGCUCGGCACCUGCUGCUGACUUGUCAGGCUAUGGCUCGUCCCUGUAUCCUUCUAGCAGUGCUGGUGGUGCGGGGGCAGGAGCAGGGGGGUAUGGAUCAACAGGAGGUUACGGGUACUGAUUGCGAAAGGAUGGCGGUUGUCUUUUUGGGGCCUAUGCAGUGCGAGUUGCUACCACCAGUACGGUACUAGAAGGAUUUUUGGAGUUUUGUUUUGGUUUAUGUGCUGCUGGGCCUCUGGCCUGCCUGCCCUAGCAUCUGAUCUGAUCUGGCGCUUGCUGCUGUUUUGAGUUUUCUCUCCAAUGAGCAAUAUAGUGGUUCAAGAUGAAUGUCACCAAGUGUUAUUUGACA